AUGAUCGAAGCAUGGGUCAUGUUUACCCACAGGAGAGGGAGUGUGAGAGGGAGACGGUGGAGAGUCUGCAGGCAGAGAGGCGACAGCAGACUGAAGGGUCACUCUGUUUACCAGGAGGAGGAGAGAUUGAGGGAUAUUGAUGUGAGGAGGGAGGAAAGAGAUGAGGAGAGACAGCUUGGGAUGAAGAGAGACCCUCUGGUGCUGCAAGAGAAAGGGAUGAUGAAGGGAAUGAGGGACAGAAAUGGUGAGAGCCUGAGAGGGGUAAAAAGUCAUGGGGGAGAAGAGACAGUUGAGGGAAAAACAGAGACAAGAGAGUCCAAUGAGAAUAGAAAGGCCAACGCACGGUUCUUUGAUGUCCUGGAAACAUCAGGGAUUCAGUUUACUGCAAAUUCACUGCUUUCUAUUCUGAUGAGGGAGGAAUUGAGAGAAGAGACUGAGAAGCAUGAAGAAUCCUUUACCUCCCGUUGGUACAGAGGGAUAAAGACAGAGAGAGAGAAAGAAUUGGCUGCAAACGUACCCAGGGCUCUGUCAGAUACUCUCCAGAGAAAAAGAUGUAGCUGUCAUCUGCAAACGUUCUGCUUUGUCUGUGAAUCAGGUGCACUCUUAGAGCUCUUUAAAAAUGGCUGA